AUGCAGCCCAGAAUCGUCAGCUUUGCUUCCAUCAACAUCGACGAGGUCUACAGCGUCCCGCACAUUGUCAAGCCGGGCGAAACCAUCUCUGCAACGCACCGCCAGGAGAACGCUGGCGGCAAGGGAGCCAAUGCCAGCGUCGCAGCAGCACGUGCUGGCGGCGACGUCUACGUGACCGGCAGGAUCGGGAAGGACGGACUCUGGGUGCGCGACCUGAUCAGGGACUCGGGCGCCCAUACGGGGCUGAUCCAGGUCACGAACUCGGCCACCGGCCGUGCCAUCAUCCAGGUGGACAAGCACGGCGAGAACUGCAUUUUCCUGUUCCCGGGUGCCAACAUGGAGCUGACCGAGGAGGACGCACGCAUUGCGUACGCGCAGUUCGGCAAGGGCGACUGGCUGGUUCUGCCAAACGAGACGUCGGCAGUGGCAGGUGCGAUUCGCCAGGCCAGCAGCCGCGGCAUGCAGGUGCUGUGGAACCCGGCGCCCAUGACCAACGACGUCCUUGAGUGCCCGGUUGAGCUGGUCGACGUGCUGGUGGUCAACGAGACCGAGCUGACCACCAUGACCAGGCUGAUUGGCGAGGCCGUCGACGAGGACUACCCGAGGAUGGCGCGCAGGAUCAUCGAGAAAUUCAAUACCCGCGUCGUCGUCGUCACGCUCGGCAGCUCCGGCUGCAUUGGCCUGCUCUCCGUGCCAUGCGCACCGAUUCCCAAGGACAAGGUCGCCGAUACCACUGCAGCCGGCGACACGUGGGUGGGCUACUUUGUGGCCGAGCUGGCGCGCCAGCAGGGUGUGUCGCCGGAGAGCAUCGGGUCGAAGGCGUCGCUGACCCCGGCCAUUGUGCAGCAGGCCAUGACUGUGGCCACGUUUGCAAGCGGGCUGUCAGUCACCAAGAAGGGCGCUGUGCCCUCGAUCCCGGUGCGCGCCGAUGUCGACCAGUUCAUGAAAUCCAAGCAGCUGUAA